AUGAAGUUUGGAAAGAAACUCGAGCAACUAUCCGUGCCCGCGUGGAAAAACUACAACAUUGACUACAACGACUUGAAACGGCAGAUCCGACGCGCGACCGACGCGGACGGCACGGCCCUCCCGCUCCGUGAGCUCCGUGCCGCGUUUGUCGCGCAGAUCGACUUUGUCAGCUUGUUUGUUUCGCUGAAACGUGGUGAGUUGGAACGGAAGUUGGUAUAUUACCAGAACUCUCUCCACUCGCUUCUCCAGAUCCCCGCCGCCCACUCCACGCUCCGCAAGAAGAAAAUGGUGUAUUUGAGUAAUGAAAUCCACCAAUUGUCGGGGGAUUUGAAGAACUUGACGCAUUUUGUGUUGAUCCAAAAGGUGGCGUUGAAGAAGUUGUUUAAAAAGUUUUUGAAACAUUAUAAGGGAGGUAAGAACUCUGUUGCGACCCCCCAGGAUCUAGUUCCAGAAGAGGGCUUGCCUCAAGAGUCUACUCUAAAGGGCAUAGGGAAACCGGUAGACGCUCGUGAUCCCCUAGAAUCUGUCCCUGAUGACCAGGAUUCCCCCGUUCCUUAUACAGACAAAGCCUCCACCCGCUCCGCCCAGAAACUCGUCAAUUCCGUCAUCCUCUACCUCAAUACCCACCCCCAAUCGUUUAUAACCCUCGACCUCACACCGCUCAUUCUUGAGCUCGCCUUCUUCUUUGAGUACCUCUCCAAUCCCGAUUCCACCACUCAGAACAUUGACACCUUCCUCAGCAGCCAGAAGGCCAACAACAACAUGACCUUCGAUCUCGACUGCACCGUCAAGCACCACUCCCAGGCGGUUUUCGUGGUUGAUGGCGAUAAUCUUCCAGAGCUCCGUCUUAAUUUAAUGGUCAGUGGAAAGCAGUUCCGACUGGUAAGCGACGAGCUCCAGAGCUUCAAGAGUGAAUCGCUAAGGCAUUUGACAAAGAAAGAUCCCAAGACGCACUCUAGCACCUCUCUCGCCUCAUCCUAUGCACGCGCACACACAGACUCUGUUCUCUCCUACAUCUACCUUACUAAUGACAAGAACACGAAUGCCUUGGUGAUAUCCAGCCAGGGAAAGCUGACGUCGCUUGUAAUUUCGCCCGUGGGCGGUCUCCGCGGUUAUGCUUAUUGUGAGCUAUCCAAUGAACUCCUCAAUGCAACGAUUUUGUCACCCAAAGCUUCCGCCGAGUUUGUCGUCCAGAGCUUGCAGAAGGCGGGGUGUUACAACGGUUUGGCCAAGAUGUCCGUUGACUGGAUCUUGGAGAAGGGGUUGCGCCCGCAUUACAAGACGCGUAUGGCGCGCGCGCGUUUUGUGUACGCGCCGGACGCACGCGCGCAGACGAUGAACGUGACGCUCGACACACAGAUCCUGGUGUCAGCGCUGAACUUGACAGUGGAGUGGGGCGACGACGAUGCGGAAAUGUUCAGGUAUUCAAUGCUCACGGUGCACCAUAACGAGAGUGACACGCGCGACAGCUCCCUGGGGCCGCUUCGGGACCCCGCACGCGCGAGUGCUGUGGGCCAGUUUCACCGCGCACUCCAUGUGGUUGUGCACGAACUCCCGAAGUUCUCCUGGCCGCUGUACCUUGCGGCAAAGUUCGCUCCGCUGCCCGGGCGCGCCGCGCUCGCCGUCGACUCCGUCAGCUUCAAGCAGGUGAACGAGGAUGCGGUCGUGGUGGUUGAGCCGCCGCUCCGCCGCCAGCCGCUGUUCCGGCCACCAGUCUCGCCCCUUGACUCUCCCGUGGGCUCUCCCGGGCCCGCAGCGAUUCCGGCGCCCGGCCGCAGCGGCAGCAUGUUUGACAUGGCGCUGAUGGGGCACUCGGAACCUAUCGGAUACCAGCUGUCCCAGGCAACGACCAACUCACGACCGAAGAAGCAACCUGAAACGAAGGUUCGCUACUGGAACGAGUUCGACGACGGGUCUGAGGAUGAAGAUGAUGGGUUCUAUGUCGAUGAGGAGUCGAAUUUGUUUGGGGUGGGCGAAGCCUCGCCAAGCAAAUUCAACCGGAUGAUUAACUUUUUGAUCGAAUUUUCCGAUACCGUUUCGGGUAGAUUAGAAGUGUUGGGAAUCAAGCGGGAGCUGCCUCAGGCGACUUCCCCGGCGGUGUCCCCCGGAGAGGCGAUACCGCGCGGUAAACACUCCGUAGCGACGGUCGCCACAGCCGACACCCACCGGACAACACUCUCAUCAUUGAUCAGCUCCCGGAGCGUCAGCGAGACGUCAACCUCAGAGGACGAGGGCUACUUUGUGCCGCUGAUCAACCACGAUUCCAAGUUCCGGACGAGAGACUUUGAGGGUGAUUUCGCCGCCGGUCUUGCUUCUGCUCCUACCUCGCCGGGAGGCUAUUACGGAGCCUUCGACGACCGAGAGGCGGUUUCCCCGGACUAUCCUCGUUAUUAUUACCAGCAACGCCACGACCAGGUGGUGACGGUGAUUUACUUCUUGUGUUUCUUCUUCAGCAUUCUUGUCAUGGGUGUUUCGUCCGGUGUGAUCUACUCGAUUGACAGGUCAUUGGGCGACACUCCAGGUAGCGGUAAUGUUCUACUCAUGGCCGUAACGUGUUUCAGCUUGGUGCUCAGUUUUGUCAGUGGGAUCGUCGGUGGGACGUUGAUCAUGAUGAGGUUUCAUAUGGCACCACUCUGGCAUCAUGCCGUUGUAUGGAGCGGGAUUGCUACAAACUUCGGGUUUCUCGUCUGGGGGAUUGUCCAGGUUGUGAAAUGA